CAUUUGAAAAUGUAUGAAUUUUGAGUUAAAUUUUCGAUAUUUAAUGCAAAAUAUUUACAGAAAAAAUGGCUGAAACGGAGAUAAAACAUUCUGAACAAGAGGUAAACCCUGGUACUUCGGUUAAGGGUGAGAUUUCAAGCGAAAUUGCAGCUGAUUCUGGUCAAGCGGUGAAUGAAACUGCUUCGAGGAGUGAUGAAAUUAAGCCAGCUACAUUAGAGGAAUCUUGUCGAAAUAUGUUUACAAAUAUUUCUGAAUAUUUACAAUGUGAAUUGAAUGCAUCUUUGGAUGACUAUGAGUUGUUAGAAAAGUUGAACCAGUUGACGAAAGAGAAGUACGAUGAAAUGGAUAAUACAACAAAAACUUUAAUCACAAGAAUGAAACAAAUCAAUGAGAAAUAUGAGAAAUUGAAACCAUAUCUGGAUAUGAUUGACAAAGUUGAUGCAAGUGUGACAAGUCUAGAAGCUGCCGCCCAGAAACUGGACACUUAUUCCAAAGAAUUAGAAGCAAGGUUUAAAAAGUUAGAGAAAGCAGCAACAUAAAUAUGACCCAAAAAUUUAUGAAAUGAUGCAGGAAAAAAUAUAUAUUUAUAUAUGGAUAUUACUGAGGAAUUAACAGUAAUGGGAUUCAGGGUGUGUCAGAAUUAUUUACGCAGCCUUAUUUCUAAUUCAAUGCCUCAAAAACAACGCUAGUUGUCAGUGGAAUAUUUUUACAUGAAAAUAGAGUUAUAGUAAUUUAUUCUGACUGACCCUGUGAACCAAGUUGUAUUAAAAGGCAGUUAGCCUUUAUGUAUAGUUACUGAGAGUAUAAACUAAUCAGGGAUCUCUACUUUGCAUGAUCUAUAAUUUAUCUACUCUCAAAAUGUAGUGAAGAGUUUUGUACGACUGGUCAUAGUGCUAAGCAUUUUGUGAAUUCUCUAUCAAAAUUAAAAACAUUUUUUUAACGUGAAACAAAUCUGAGAUUAUGUUUUACCGCAUGCGCAUUAUUUCUGAAAUCAUUGUCUGUGAAAGUCAGCGCUGAGUUUGCAUUACGAGGGUGUACCCCUCUACCUCACUCUUCCCUGCCCAGCCAUGAUUUGGUGCAAGGAUGAAAUGAAAACCAUGAAACGGUCAAAACUAAUAACGUCGGAAAAAGACUUCUUCUCAGAAGAUAUUUUGCGUUUCAAUUCAUUCACCAUCAAUCAUCGUUUGACGCUUUUUGAGCUUAAUUUACCCGAUUUACGCCGGCCAAAUUGCAUUCACGCAGCAAUAUAAGUAAAGAUAAUCCUUUUGUAAUAUUAAUGGAUCAACGUGAAAUCCUAUUUCUCAACCCCUACGAUUGACUGAUUUUUUCGUCUAAUAACUCAAUUUAUAACGAAUAGACUGGCAAAGAUGAUUUCUUAAACAUAACAGGAAAGUAACGAUAACAGGGAGACUAAUAAUGCCUGCUUCCUUGGAGGUCCUAAUCAUGUUGCCUAUGAUUAGUCUAACAUUUUGAAUAAUGAUUUUUUCAACACUAUAACUAACGAAGAGCGAAGUGUCAAUCAAAUUCAUAGAUUUAUUUCAAUAUGAAAGAAAGGCGAAAAAACAAUUGAGCAAGGUGUUAACAGUAACACAGCAAGAUAUCCUACAAAGACGUGGAUUUUUUCAACAAGUUUUUGCGAUCAGGUUAAUGGUUUCUUGAUAAAACCAUACCUCAUGAAAUGCUUUGCCGGGCAUCACAACAUCUUUCAAAAAGAUUUUAGGAAUUUAGCCGGGGAAAAUUAUUGUAAUACUGUACUAUUUUAUUGUAAGAUCCUCUACCGCCACACUGAAUUAUAUCACAAUUCACGAUGGCAAUUUCCUAUCAAAUGCUUCUUCACAUAUGAACAAGGAGUUAAGGGUCAUAACUGCCUUUCCUUCGACCGUGUUUGAGAUAUCUUUUUCAGGUAGUCCAGACACAAACCAUAACACUUUAUUACACAACAUUUUGUAACUAUGCAGGCAUCAGACUGAAUUAUUGCGACUGAAGCACAUAUUACCAUACAUAUUAAAUGUUUGUAUAAGAUCGAGGCUGGGAUCAAAUGGCGUGGAAAUUAUCUUUAGGUACUGAACUAUUUUUUUCUUCAUCGUUCGGCUGGUAAAAUAACUGGAAAAUCA